GUAUUUAUGACAUGAUGUUUGCAGAGCCUUCUGGGUUGUUUAAUAAGGAGUGUUGUUCACUUGGGCUGCCUCUUAGUGAGAGUAGAAAAUGUCCCAUCAUCAGUGGGAGUAGACUCAGACUUCGUGGUCGUAAGAGGAGGAAUAGUGCUCCUUCAUUGCUAUUAGUUGGAGGAUUAGUGCUCAAUCGUUGGUGUCAGUGGGAGGAAUAGUGCCCCAUUGCUGGUGAUAGUGGAAGGUAUGGUUCAUCAUUGUUGGUGUCAGUGGGAGGAAUAGUGCUCCAUCAUUGGUGUCAGUGGGAGGAAUGGUGCCCCAUCAUUGGUGUCAGUGGGAGGAAUAG